UCCCAUCACUCCAUCAUGUUAUUAAAGCAUCAUGGGACCCGUCUGUGGAUCUUUGUGUUGCCUAGCAACAGUGAGGUUAGCAUACGUGUCUCAUGUUUGCACCAGGUCAACAGAGAAGGCAGUCUCGUGUUCACUUUUGAGCAAAAUGUCUGUGUUUUUGGCUCCCAUUUGCUUAAAAUGCAGGCAUUCUCUCAUAGCGUACUCUGUCCUGAUGUCAAUCCCACAAUCCCCUGAAUGAGUCUGCCUAGAGAAUGAAUUGAAAACGCCCGCUCAGCUCCACACCAGCGGACACGUACACUAAGGGGUCCUGGGUGGAGCUGGAGAUGAACGGAAACACUCAGCAGCAGAACGCCAGCUUGCCCUCGUUGCUUCUGCUGGGGAAUGGCAACCAAGGCGAGUCCCAGGCUUCACAGGCCCUGGAGGCCGUGCAGGAGGAAGAGGAGGUCCUAACAGGAGGACUGGAGCAUGUGCCUUCCUCCUCCUCCAUCCACAACGGAGACAUGGAGAAAAUCCUGCUGGAUGCCCAACACGAGUCCAGCCCCAGCAGUUCAUCCUGCAAUAGCCCACCUCGACCACACAGUCCUGACCAGGAUGAGGGGCAGAUCAUGUUUGAUGUGGAGAUGCCCAGCGAAAGAGACUGUCAGUCAGAUGAUGAUAGUCUGGAGAGGGACAAAGAGGAUGAUAUCCUCAUGGAUAAAGGGGAGAGUUGGGUGGCAGACUGGUCCAGUCGACCAGAGAACAUUCCCCCGAAGGAAUUUCACUUCCGCCACCCGAAGCGCUCUGGAUCGGUGUCUCUGAGCAUGAGAAAGACGGGUGCUAUGAAGAAAGGAGGCGUGUUCUCCGCUGAGUUCCUCAAAAUGUUCAUGCCCUCGCUGCUGCUCACCCACAUCCUGGCUCUGGGACUGGGGGUCUACAUUGGGAAGAGGUUAACAACCCCCUCCACCAGCUCAUUUUAAACCGAAUCAGACCCCAGUGCCUGGACGGCCCAUCAUGAGCAGACGUGGCACAGCGGUGGCCAAUCGUGUGAUGAUUCCUCUCUCUCUCUCUCUCCUUAUCUCCCCCGUCUGUCUUUCUCUUUAUCGUUUCUUUAUCGUUUCUAAUCCACGGUCCUGGUUUCCCAUCACCCUCUCUGCUGGCUUGUUUAACUUUAUCUGUGUCGCCGUUCCUCGCCCUCUAACGCCGUGGCUUACUGACGUGUUUUAUAUGUUUUUAUUUGGACAUAUUCUGAAAUGAAUUACUCACUGACGCAAGCUAGAGCCCCAGUUGCCACUCCAUCACUACAACCACGGCAUAUUAUCUUUUAUUUCUGCAUGACGCGUUUCACAUGCAACUAAUAUGGAGUCUGUGUGCUCCUAGAUGUGGCCAGGGAUCUUGGGAAAUUGUGGACUGACGCACAGUUUUAGUGCCAUCUCUAUAUCAAGUUUAUUGACUCCUAAUUGGAAAUUUAGUGAGGUUUCACACUAGAGAAAUCAUUCUAGAGAGGUAAUGUUGUGCAUUUGAAUUACUUCCCUUCAUGCGACGGAAUCAUGCGACUUUUACAGAGACUGUUUGAAGUUAUUCUUAACAUAAUGUGCGCUUGCUGCAUUAUCUUGGACUGUUACAGUUAUUUUCAAGACUUAUUUUAUGUAGAAUGUAGUCUCUCGGUUCUGUUUUGGGAUGGAGUUUUUCUGAAUAGUCACUUCCAGAAAGAUCCAGUGUGACGGAUACGAAACUCAAGCUUUGCUUUUAGCAGCUGAGGGUAACACUUGAUGUCAUUGUUACUCGUUACUGUUGUAAUAACUAUAAAUUAUGCACAAUUACAUGCAACCAAGCCCUAUUCCUAAUCCUAACCCUAUAGUAAGUACAUGUGGUUAAUUAUUAAUACUCAGUACUUCACUGUAACACGGACACAUAAAGUGUAACCCAGCAGUAGUUACUAGGAAAGCUACAUGCAAACUUAUACUCUCUUCUUUGCCUUGAUGCAUAUCCUGCUCGCUGCAGUUUCUGACUGUGUAUCUCAGUGCCAAAGGGUUUCCACCGCCAAACCCAACACGAGUCCCUCGCACUUCUCGUAGACUCUGCCUGGUUUGAGUGGAUUAUUUGUCCUGUCGGUCACUUCAUCUUAACAACACCUUACAAGGCCUUUGAUUUUACUGUGAACACCCUGUUGAUAUUAGUCAUAGUGUUUCUGAGAUUGUGUAUAAUACGCUGUUAAUACUCACAACACUUACCGAUAUACAGAUUAAAUCUGUUGUGAACACGUCUGGGUCAUAUUUCAUCCCAUGAUUAUAUUCUAAUUUAUAAAGACCUAAGAUAUCGAGGUAUUAUUUGCAUGACAAUUAAGCAAAUGUUCUCAUUACCAUAUUGUGAAAAAAAUAUUUAAAUU